AUAUUAACCCCUCCACCUGACAUAGAGAAUAAAUCAAAACGAAUUUUAAACCUCCAUUACACCUCUCUUUCUAUCUUGGUUUUCGUGUUCCACUUCAACUUUUCUUAAAAGCCCGUUAUUUCUCUCCCGCUCUCUCUCUCUCUCUCUCUCACUCGUUCCAAGAACACCCGGCUAUAAGUCCUAGAGAAAGAGGGCGAAGAAAGAACAAACAAAAAAAAAAAAAAAAAAAAAACGAAAAAAAGAAAGAAAAAGAAAAAAGAAAAGCUUCAUUUAAGUAUUUGAGACCUGGGUAUUGUGAAUUUAGUGUUAGGUUUCAGUUUUUUUCUUCUAUUUUUCUGUUCCUCCUGUGAUUUUCUUGAGGUAAAGAUAUUUUUAUAUUCUGGGUUUUGGUUGUUUUGUUGGUGGGUUGGAGAUCUGAAAAUGAAAAACAAAAAAAGUGUAGUAGAUGGAGGAAAGUAAAGCUCGCACUGGGAUUGAAUCUUUGUGUAUUGAAAAUGAGUUGGAGUAUGAAUAUGGGGCUCCUGGUAGAGCAUACAGUCAAUGGGCAGCUCAUAUGGCCGUUGGACUCGGCACGGGUGUCCCAUGGGUCAUGUACAAGCAAGAUGAUGCCCCUGACCCUGUUAUCAAUGCCUGCAAUGGAUUCUCGGGGGAAGCAGGCCAUGUAAAGAAUAGCUUUGAGGUUAGCUUCAUCCAUCAAUUCCUCCUCUACUAAGAAAUUGGUAGCCACUCUUUUCCCUCCUUUUUUUUAUUUAUUUAUUUAUUUAUUUUUUUUCAUUAGUCAUCGCUUUUCUAUUCCUUUUCCUUUGGUUUGGUUGCGAAGAAAAUUUUUUAUCUAUGAAUUUUGUGCUCGUCUCCUCUGUUUAACAAAUUCUAUUUAAUAACCUCUCAACAUCAUUAACAACCUCUCACCAUUGAAAAAUUAAAUAUGUAUCUUUCACAUUUUUUAUUUCAAAAUGUGGAUAUGGAAUAAUUUCAUGCUAAAACUAAAAUAUGUACCAGUAAACCAAUUAGGAAACUGAUAAGAAGGGUUGCAGCUAACAACCAUAGAAGGAAGGAGCGGAGCAGGAGGAAGCAAGAAAAUGAGCGAAGAAGCUCUUAACUAAUAAGAAAUAAUAUAGAAAGCGAAGGGAAUAAAGAACUCCUCGUGAUAAUAGAAAGGGCUCUCAACACAGUUUAAGGUGUGCUUCCUAUACUCUCGUUAUUCUUUGCUUCGCAAACUUUUGUGAGUUUGGACUAUUCAAAAAACAAUGUUCAUCAAUAGUUUCACGGAGAAAGUAUCAUGCUAUUGGAAUUUUGAAUUUUCAACCGUCCAGGCUUGCCAAAAAGUUUGGGAAGCAAAGAACAAAGGGUAUGCAGUAUAAAAAGCUGAUUUUAAGCUAUGGAUCUCUCUUUUGGGGUGCGUAGAAAAUUUUUUUUCUGUUGCCUCGAGGGAUUCUUUACUUCCCUCCCGUCCAUAUUACUUCUUGUUCAUUAGGAGCUUUUUCGCUCUCUAUUAUGUCUCCGCUCCAUUUGGACCUUUUUUCCAAAGCGCGAGAAGUUUAAAUCUCUAGGUUUUUACCUUCUUUUCAUAGGUACCAACACAAUCACUGAAAGUAUGGAAUAUUAAACAAAACAAGAAAAUAUUAAAAAUAUAAAAAUAAUAUAAAAUAAAAUAAAAAAUUUAUCAGAUAAGGUGCUAGAGCCAGAGUAGCUUACUGGCAAGUUCUUUUAAAAAUAGGUCGUCAUUGCGUAGACAAUCGCAAACUUCAGUCCUUGAAACAUCACAUCGCAAGAGAAUCAGUUAUUAUAGCACCAAUCAAAGCAUGAGAGGUAUAAACCACUCACAAAAAAUGGUAGAAUUUUGUUACCGUUUCAUUACCAUUCAUGUAAUCCAUGGUCUUAUAUUUUUGUAUUUUUCUAUUUUUUCUUUGGUGGCAUAAAAUAUAGAGAGAUUGUUGUCGAUCAUAUAGACAAAAAACAACAAAAAAAGUAUCCAAAAAUUUAUGUUUAUCAAUAGUUUUACAUCAGAAGUGUUAUGCUGUUGUAACUUCGAGUUUUCAACAGUCUAGGCUCCCAAAAGAAUUUGGGAAGCAUACAAAAAAGAGCUGUAAAGAAGCUAAUCUUAAGCUAGGAAUCUCCUCUUGGACUGUGUAGAAAGUCUUUUCUGUUGUUUUGAGUAGUUUUUUACUUCCCUUAUCGUCCAUCUUACUUCUUUCUUAUUAGGAGCUUCUUUUUUAUUUUGAUUUAUUGGAACAUACUCUAACAUUGACAAUAAACGAUUUCACAUUUUAGAAUAAAAAAAGUUUGUAUCUUCUAUUUUGAAGAAGUAAAAAGUGUAAAUUAUGGUUUUCGGUAGUGAGAGGUUGUUAAAUACAGAGAACGAGCACUGACCCAUUCACUUGCCUAAAUAGUCAGUCUACUUAUCUUUCAUGUGUCAUAUGUUUUUCAAUUCUUUUCAAAAUUAAAAUGUAAAUAUUAUAAAAUGUUGUCCAUCGGUUUUAUAUCUUAUUACCAUUGGAUUAAUUUCAAUACAAAAAGUUUUUUUUGCUGUUUCUUUUUUAUUCUAUUUUGUAUUUUACAUAUAUUUUUCAAAUGCUAUAUAAUAUAUCUAAUUUAAUUAUAAAAUUGAUAUUUAACUAUUGCAAAAUAAAUAUUUUAAUAUAAUAAAAAAAAAUUAUUUCAUAUUUUUUUCAGCAGAGUUAUUUUUGUUUAUUU